AUGAACACUUAUGAAGACUAUGGUGAGGAGGAGAUCAAUGAUUACAUCAUCCAGCUCAAUAUUCAGGACUCCUGCCAAGAGGCCUUUCUGAAAUCUGCAGCAAGUUUAGCCGCAGUAACAGAUGAAAAUUUGAGAGUCCUGGCUGCCAUCGAGCAAGGUAAGGUCACAGUGCUCAGGGAGAUGCUGAGGCACACCUCGGCCUUCAGGGAGUCGGACAGUCACGGCUGGCUUCCCCUCCACCGAGCCGCAUCCCAGCCAGUCCUGGAGGUUCUGGAGACUGUCUUGAGAUUGGCAGCUCAGGGGCUCAGCCUGGAGGAGAGGACGGCCGUGGAAGGAGAGACGCCACUGACACUGGCAGUUAAAGCCGGACUGGUGCAGAAUGUGAAGAGCCUGCUGGAGCACGGAGCCUCGCCUCACAACACCAACAGCAAAAAUGAGUCACCGCUGCUGCUCGCUGUGAGGGCCGGCUCUUACGAGAUGGCGUACACGCUGGUGUCUCAAGGCACCUGGGUGGAGCAGGUUUGCCGGAAGAAGUGGACGGCAAUGCAUGAGGCCGCCAAAGUCGGCAGGGUGGACAUCCUGAUGAUGCUGCUGAGGAACGGCGGUCGGGUAAACAGCAAGGACGUGACAGGAGUGACGCCCCUGUCCGUAGCCGCAGAGCACGGACACUCCCACGUUGCUGAGAUUCUGCUGAACUGUGGUAGCAGAGUGAACUCUCAGGCCUGUAAUGGAGAGAGUGUCCUGCAGGAUGCAGCCGGAUCAGGAAACACUGCCUGCAUUCAGCUGCUGCUGGACAACGGAGCCGAUCCCAACCUGCCUAGCAUCACCGGACACCUGCCCAUCCACAAGGCAGCGUACGCCGGACACUACGAUGCUCUGAAGAUGUUGAUACCUCUGACCACCAAGAAGGCCAUCAAAGAGGCGGGUCAGAGCCCGGUCCACUCUGCGACGGAUGGAGGUCAGAGGUGCUGCCUGGAGCUCUUGCUGGCCUGCGGCUUCGACGUUAACUACCGCAUGAACACGAGAAACUCUGAAAACUACCGCGACAUGAGGAGAAGCGCACUGUACUUUGCUGUCUCCAACGGGGACGUGGACUGCACCAAAAUCCUGCUGGCAGCUGGGGCGAAGACGGACCAGGACCCACUGUGCUGCCUCCUGGUGGCGGUCAGGUCAGGGCGCUACGACAUUGUAAAGUUGCUUCUGGCGGCCAAAGCAGACGUGAACUGUUACUUCACAGUAGUGAGCGACACAGUGUUUCCCACAGCGCUGCAGUACUGCCUGAAGGACGAGGUGAUGAUGAGGCUGCUGCUCAACAACGGCUACAAGGUGGAGCGGUGCUUUCAUUGCCACCAUGACAAUGCUUCUAGUGCUGCGGAUGAGGUGGAGGGGAAAAUUCCUUUCUGUGAGUUCAUGAGCCUCUGCUGCCUCAUGCAUCUGUCUGGGAGCGUCGUCCGGAUCCUGCUAGACUACGUCAGCCACUUCCACAUCUGCUCCAAACUCAGACUCACCCUGGAAAACCAGGCAGAGUGGCCCGAAAUAUGUGACAUCCUCAGCAGUCCUCGCUCCCUCAAGCACCUCUGCAGACUGGACAUCCGGAGGCGUCUGACCCUGAAGAAACUCAACAAUCCUGAAAUCAUGAACUCACAUGUUUUCCCUCCAAGACUGAAGCGCUUCAUACUGUACCACGAGUUCGACCUCUACAGCAAGGACCCUGAACAAAUCGUAUAAAGACUUGUGGUCGAUGCAAGAGUCCCGCUUGCUCAAAGGAUGUA